CGCCCGCGAGGCUCGAAAAGGCGCUUCUUGAUUAAGCUGAGCGGUUGGAUCAGCGGCGUUAAGGCAACGGGGCUGGACCGGAGAGAGACACAGAGAGGCCCCCUUCGCCAGCAGCUGCCUUCCCGGCGGGCCAGCAUGGACUCGGACGCGAGCCUGGUCUCGAGCCGCCCUUCCUCGGCGGAGCCGGACGAGCUCUUCCUCUCGGCGGCGCGGAGCAAGGGCGGCGGCGGCGUCGGGGGCGCCGGGGUGGGCCUGGGGGGCUUCUCCUCCUCUUCCUCGGGGGCGGCGGUGUCCAGCUCGACCCCCAGCGAGUCCUCCUUGGAGCUAAGCGCCGCCGGAGUGGUGAUGGUGGACAAGCUGGCCUUCAAGUCGCCCUCCUCCUCUUCCUCCUCUUCCUCUUCCUCCUCCUCCUCUUCCUCCUCCAAGAAGGACAAGAAGCAGAUGACGGAGCCGGAGCUGCAGCAGCUGCGCCUCAAGAUCAACAGCCGGGAGCGGAAGCGCAUGCACGACCUCAACAUCGCCAUGGACGGCCUGCGGGAGGUGAUGCCUUACGCCCACGGGCCCUCGGUGCGCAAGCUCUCCAAGAUCGCCACGCUGCUCCUGGCGAGGAACUACAUCCUCAUGCUCACCAACUCCCUCGAGGAGAUGAAGCGCCUCCUCAGCGAGAUCUACGGAGGCGGCCACCACGCCGCAGCAGCCGCCGCAGCCGCCGCCGCCGCUUUCCACCCGGCCUCCGCGGCCGCAGGGUGUCCGGGAGGCAUGGUGGGCCACGCGGCGCCCUUGCCGGGACACCCGGUCGCGCACCACCCGCUCCUGCCUCCCGCCGCCGCCUCCCUUCCCGCCGUCGGCGCCCUUCGCCCGGGACACGGCCUCCUCAAGGCGCCCUCCGCCGCCGCCGCCUCGGCCCCCUUGGGCAGCGGGUUCCAGCACUGGGGCGGCAUGCCUUGCCCCUGCAGCAUGUGCCAGGUGCCCGCCCCCGCCCACCACCACCACGGCCCCGCCGGGCUGCCCAGACUCACCAGCGACGCCAAAUGAGCCAGGGGGGCAGGCACAAGGGCCGCCAUCCUCGCCAGGACUUCCCAGUUUGGAGCCAUCCACUCCAGAGAACCCCCGGCGCUUCUCUCGCUUCCCUUCGGACUGUCUUGACUUUGUAAAUGCUGCCCCCCCCCCUAUUGGCGGGCCUUGUGUGCCAUUUGGUCAGAAGGAAAUCCAGGCUCCUUGGGGACCUUUUUGCCUUUCGUUCCCCCCUUUUGAUCCUUCUAGGUGCCGGAUAUGGGGACCCAACACACACACAUACCGAGCCCAGUCCUUCACAGGUCCUAUAACACAGGCAUGGGCAAACUUGGGCGCUCCAGGUGUUUUGGACUCCAACUCCCACCAUUCCUCACAGCCUCAGGCCCCUUCCUUUUCCCCCUCAGCCGCUUAAGCGCUUAAGCGGCUGAGGGGGAAAAGGAAAGGGCCUGAGGCUGUGAGGAAUGGUGGGAGUUGGAGUCCAAAACCCCUGGAGCGCCCAAGUUUGCCUAUGCUUGGCCUAGAGUUAGGAUUCAGUCGGAAAGUAUUAAAAGGAAACUCCAGUGGUUUCAGAGGUUUGGGACUCCACUCCAGGCGCUCCCCACCUGGCUCCCAAGUAGCAGCAUCGUCUUGAGACUCGUCCACAGCGACCCCCUUGCCAGAUUCAAACCGGUAUUGAACGAAGUGGUUUCUCUGUGUUGGACAUAGAUGACAACAUGGGAAAUCCUGGCCCGGACAAUGAAGACACAAACCACAGAGCACUGAUGCGUAUUAAGGGCUUUCUUUCUCACAGUGUGUGGCUUGGCCACGGAAGUUUGAAACUGCAUUAAAUGGUCAGUGUAGGAGGUGGCCGUGGAAGCCAAGCAAGGGCCCUGACCCAGGCACCAUAACAUUAGGAAGAACCUCCUGAGAGAGAGAGCUAUUCUGCAGUUGGUUACUUUCUCUGGGGGUUUUCAAGCGGAGGCUGAAUGGCCAUCCCUCGGGAGUGCUUUAAUUGGGCAGAACGGGGUUGGACUGGAUGGCCCUUCCAAUUCUAGUUCUCAAUGACAAAUAGGGCACUGGGUGUGCUGUGAGUUCUCCGGGCUGUAUGGCCAUGUUCCAGAAGUAUUCUCUCCUGAAGUUUCGCCCACAUCUAUGGCAGCCAUCCUCGGAGGUUGUGAGGUCUGUUUGUUGGAAACUGGGAAGGCGGGAUUUAUAUAUGUCCAGGGCGGGAGAAAGAACUCUUGUCUAUUUAAGGCAGGUGUGAAUGUUGCAAUUGGCCAGCUUGAUUAGCAUUGACUAGCCUUGCAGCAUCAAAGCCUGGCUGCUUCCUGCCUGGGGGAAUCCUUUGUUGGGAGGUGUUCUUCUAAUGCGCCCCAGACUUUCCCUCUGCUUCCUGGCUCCUCCGUCAACCCCUUCCUGGGACUCCAGACCCUUUUUUUCCUUCCUCCCCCAUCCAUAAUCCUUCCUCCCUUUCCCUUUCUGCCCUUACCUGAUGGCCCGCUCCUGCUGCAGUCUUCCUCUCUCCCUUCCUUUCCGAAUAACCUCUGUUUCCUUCCCUUCCUCCUCCUCCUCCUCCUCCUCCUCCUCCUCCUACUCCUCCUCGCGCUGUCACCUUCGAGAGAUUUUUUAUCACUUGUUUAUUUUUAUAAAUAUAUAUAUAAAAAUAAAGAAAUGGAAAAAGUUGCUAAAUAAUAUUUAUUGUUUGGUUGCAAAAAAGAAAGGAAAUGGAGUCACUGUUUACGUUUUAAAGUAAUAAUUAAAAAGGAAUUGAAGUAUU